AUGCAGUCCGGAGGGAAGGUCUUGGCUACUCUAUGUGGCCAUGAGAGCACCGACACGGAGGAAGCCCCAGGGGACAAGACGUUCCACUCGGUUGACAACAACCUGGCAGUGACCUUCCGAUCGGACUACUCAAAUGAGAAGGGGUUCACUGGCUUUGAGGCGUUCUACGCUGCUGAAGAUAUUGACGAGUGCCAACAGCUGAUUGACAGUGAGCCAUCUUGCGACCAUUAUUGCCACAAUUACCUGGGUGGUUUUUAUUGCAGCUGUCACAUCGGCUACGUGCUGCACAAAAACAAGAGGACCUGCACAGCUGACUGCCAAAAAAAAGUACUGACAGAAAGAUCCGGAGAAAUCUCCAGCCCAAAUUACCCCAACCCGUAUCCCAAACUCUCCCUCUGCAGUUAUCGCAUUCAAGUGGAAGAGGGUUUCAUGAUCAUCCUGGAAUUUGUGGGAAAGUUUGAAAUCGAAACCCACCCGGAAGUACCAUGCCCCUAUGACAUCCUCAAGUUCAAAACACCCAAAGGAGAAUACGGGCCAUUCUGUGGGGAUACUCUCCCUCCAAAAAUCGAAACCCGCAGCCAUAUUGUGGAUAUCCAGUUCACCACAGACUUGUCUGGAGCUCAUGCUGGAUGGAAAAUCAAAUACACGACGACAGCUUUGCCGUGCCCCGUCCCUCAAGCGCCACCCCAUGGACAGAUCCAACCAAUACAAGCAAAAUAUAUCAUGAAAGACUCCUACAGUCUCUCCUGCACUGUUGGCUAUGCACUCUUGGAAAAUGAGCUGAUUGUGAAAUCCUCCACAGCAACAUGUCAAAAGGACGGAUCCUGGAACAAGCCGAUGGCUCAGUGUACCAUUGUUGACUGUGGGCCACCAGAGAACACAGCCAAUGGUACAGUUGUGUAUGUCACACGAGACAAUGUUAAUGUCUACCAAGCCAAGAUUGAAUACAGAUGUGAGGAUUCCUUCUAUGCGCUAAGAACAGGAAGUUCUGGUCGCUACAGCUGUGCCCAUGAUGGCUACUGGAGAGAUUCCAAUGGAGAGCAAGCGCCUCCUGUUUGUAAACCAGUCUGUGGUAUCCAACAUACAAAGCCUCUGAGACGUAUAUAUGGUGGAAAGAGGGCAAGGCACGGACAGUUCCCUUGGCAAGUUCUGAUAACUGACGGACAAGGAGUAACAGGGGGCGGCGCCCUCUUGUACGAUAACUGGGUUGUAACAGCGGCACAUGUCAUCACCGAUCCAGCAGAUGCAUCCUCCUUGACCCUGAAAAUGGGUCUGGUGAACAAACGAGCCACUAAUCACCAGCAGGCUCAAGCAGAAUCUGUUUUUGUUCACGAAGGGUACAGGAAUGACGGCUUCAACUUCAACCACGAUAUCGCUUUGAUCAAACUGGAGUACAAAGUCCCCAUUAAUGCAAACGUCACUCCCAUUUGCUUGCCAGGAAAAGAAAGCAGAUUCAACCUGAACAUAAGUGACACUGGAUUAGUAGCUGGCUGGGGGAAAACAGAGAAGGAGAGGCCUUCCCUUUUCCUGCUAUACACAGAGCUAGAUGUUGUUGACCCAGAGAAGUGCAGAGCAGCAUACGCGAACCUGAGUAUGGAGGGAAAGCCGCUUGUGCUGACAGAAAACAUGUUUUGCGCUGGCUAUGACCAAGGCGGAAGAGAUUCUUGCAGUGGAGACAGUGGCGGGGCAUUAGCCUUUUUUGAUAUGCAGACCGGGAGGUGGUUUGUGGGUGGCAUCGUCUCCUGGGGUGUCCAAUGUGGUGCGGCACACCUGUAUGGUGUGUACACUAAAGUGGCCAACUACAUCUCAUGGAUUGAAAACAUAAUUGUACAUAAUUCUUAACUGUGACUUGUA